AAAUAAAAUACACUACGUUUUUUUAGCAAUGAAAAGGUGAAAUAUUAUAGAAAAUACUAAGAAUUUUUUAACGCUUUUCUUGGUCUGGUUAAAUAUUGUCGAAAAAACAAUAAGACGAAUUCGAUUUUAUUGAAAAGUGAAUCAAGUCGUAUCAUUUGUAUAACUUUUGCAGGUCGAUAAGAGGUACGUUACGUUUUAGAGUGUUUUGUGUUUGAAAUCAAAUUGAACUUUGAAUUAAUUCGUUUUCCGCAUUCAAUUUAAAAAAAAAAUAUAUACAAAUUAUCUAACAAUUGUUCUUCAUGUUUGUCUAUUUUUUUUGUACUUUUCAAAACCGGGGGAACACUGAAAACUUCCCGUGAAGUUUCUUUUGUGUGUGAUGCAUGAGUUUUUGUUCAACUGAAAAACAAGGAACUUUUUUAUUUCGAUAAAGCAAACAGUUUAUUUAUAGUUAGUUUUCACUUCCAUUUCAACCCUUUGUGACGCAUUGUUAGAAAUUAAAAAAAUAAUUCUCAAUCUUGUUUAACAGUAGUCAAGAAAAAUUAAAGGAAGGAAUGCGCCGAAAGUAUUCGUUUUAAUACAACAUCGUCAUGAAAUUACUUGCACUCCACGUUUGUCGCGUGGAUGCAAAUAAAACUGUUUUUAUGGCGUCAAAAUCCGACUUGUUAACCUUCGGGUAUUUUGAACGAAAACCUAUUCGGGAGUUAGGUAAUUUUAUCGCUCGAGAAAUAUUUUUUCGAGUUAAUCAAGGUUGGACAACAAGAAAUCAUAAUGCAUAACGAUUACCACUUUCACGCUGUACGAUGGAGUGACGGGCUUGGGGUGUCCGCCUUAACUGAUAAAGAUUAUCCUUCCCGUAUAGCAUUUGAACUUUUAACUCACGUUCAUAAUGAUUUUCGUCAAAAAAUAUCACGACAAAUAUGGCAAAAUAUACAGAACGAUUUUUCAGUGCCUUAUAAAGAGAAUUUGAACGAGUGGAUACAAAAAUAUAAAAAUCCUUUAGAGUUCGAUUCCGUUUCUCGUGUAAUGAAUAAAGUAGAAGAAACGAAAGAAAUUUUGCGUAUGAAUAUUGAGCAAAUAUUAGGAAAUCAAGAGCAAAUAGAAAAACUUGUAAAUCAAAGUGAAGAUGUGUCCGUGCAAUCUGAAUUAAUGUUCAAGGCAGCUAAAAAAGCUAAUAAAAGUUGUUGUCGAUUACAAUAAAAAUGUUGUUAUUUGCCUAAAAAAAAGCUGUUAUAGGUUUUUAAAAAUAUUUUAAGCUGCAUGUUUGACUUUUUAAAUCAUAAAAACUAUUUUCUUGUAAUUUUUUAUAAUGUGUGAUACAGCGAGGGCUGUCGCUUUAAUUAGUGGGGGAAAGGACAGUUUAUUCACAUUACAUAUAGCACAAAUUUUAGGAUAUAAAAUAGAAAUUUUAGGACAUAUUCAAGCGAAAAAUUCCACAGAUGAUAUAGAUAGUUAUAUGUAUCAAACGGUGGGCUCAUCUUGUGUGCAAGGCAUCGCUGAAUGUUUAAGCCUUCCUAUUAAAACACAUAUUUUAAAAGGUACUUCAAAACAAACAGAUAGUAUUCUUUAUAAUAAAAUAGAAGGUGACGAAGUCGAAGAUCUUUAUGAAUUAUUGACUGACAUUGUGAAAGAGUAUCCACGUGUGAAAUAUGUCAUAACUGGAGCGAUUUUAUCGAAUUAUCAAAGAUGUCGUGUUGAAAAUGUAUGCCAAAGGUUGGAUUUAGUGUCUCUUGCUUUUUUAUGGAAAAUGCCACAGUCUAUUGUACUUCAUUUAAUGACGUGUUCAAAAGAAUACAAUUUCAUUUUAAUUAAAGCUGCGUCUAUGGGGUUAACACAAAACGAUUUGGGUCAAUCUAUUCACGACUUGACAUCCAAAUUUUUGACAAUGGAAAAGGAAUUUGGCUUUAAUUGCUGCGGUGAAGGUGGGGAGUAUGAAACUAUCACAUUGAAUUCUCCUUUAUUCAAAAAAAAAUUUAUAAAAACACCAAACUGGAAGACGAAAAACGUAUCAGAUGAUGCCAUCUGUUCUGUGUGUUACCUUUAUCUAGAAGAUUCUGUCAUUCUUGGUGAAAAAGUCCAUAACGAUAAAGCCCCUACUUGCGAUAUUAUUGAGAAGAUUUAUAUUGAAAGGCUUUAUGAAAACCGCUAUUAUUUAUUAGAUCUUUUAGGAACAUUAGAUUAUAUGAAAUUUUAUUGCGAGCCCGAAAAUGAAACACAUUUUUAUUUUGAAAUAUGUAAAACAAAUUCUUUAACCAUUGACGGAAACAUUUUUUUCUUGUCACAAGAACUUUUAACAAAUUUGUCUGAAAGCCAUUUAAAAAAAAACGGAAAAAAUGACAAUUUGCUUUCAUUUUUUGGCGCUUUUGUUAAAAAGGAAGGAGAAAGGAAAGAAGAGCCUCACCUUAUUUUGAGAAAUACUACUGACGUUAUUAAGCCAAACGCAGGUCCUAGAUCUCUAUCGCUUUGGCGUUCAUUCGUUCCCUGUAUCGAAACGAUUUAUGAUUCGGCUUUUAUAGAAGAAAGAACGCUUGUAACAAAUUGGAUUAAUGGAAAAGUACCACACACUUGUGAAGAACCAACGUGUAUGUAUUCUGAAUUGAUUCUUGCCUUACGGAAUUUACGGAAUUUAUUAUAUGAUUAUGGUUUCCAUUUCAAACAUGUUCGUUUUUUGGACAUUUACCUAAGUCACACUUUUCCUGUUUCCAAUCCAACUAUUUUUGCUUCUUUAUUAACGCGUAUUUGGCAAAUGAAUUUCGUUUUUGAUAAAGGAUCCAUUACUGAAUUGAAUGAAAAAAUUAACAAACGUCUUGAAAUUAUUUGGAUAAAUGAAUCAUUUGCUCGAAAUAUGAACCUUUAUCACGUUCCGCCAGCGUAUCAAAAAACAGUUCAAAAAAACCUUCCACAAUUUCGUUUAAAUCAGACGCGUCAAGUGAUGUACGGCUUCAAUGUUAUGCUACGUGCUAUUGCUUUUAAAUCAUUGGCUUAACAACACUAUCCUAAUUUUUUUUCUUUUUUUAAUUAUCUCUACGAGUAUAAUAAGAGACAAUAACAAAAGAAAAUAAAGAUUUAUUGAACAUUUUCUUG